AAAAUUUAAUGUCCUUAAACAACAAACAUGGCCCUUGUGGACUACGGCCUGAGCAGCUCCAGCUCCAGUUCGGAAGACGAAGAAAUUCAACCAAUUAUAAAAGAUCAAACCAGUUUAAAGAGAUCUCGACCAGCUCUGCCCACAGCUGCUACCUUAUUAGGACCCAAACUGGUCAGACUACAUCAACAGCAGGAUAGUGAUGAAGGCGAGGACAAUCCGGAUUGUCAUGGCGGACGUAUACGAAGCUUUAAACAUGAGCGUGGAAAUUGGGCUACUUAUGUCUAUGUGCCGGCAGAGACAUGUGUCGAACAAUUGGAGGAUUUUCAAAAUGCAGCCUUGUCCCUUCUGGAACCACUGCAGUUGGACAUGCAGCCCAAUGAACAACCCUUUCAUUUGAGCCUUAGUAAAACUAUUGUUCUGCAGCAUCAUCAGAUCGAAGAGUUCUCUAGAUCUUUAAAGGAUUCCUUAGAGAGCCAGUGCGGCUUCUUCGUUUGUCUACAGGAUCUCCGCAUCUACACAAAUGAGGAACGCACUCGGACAUUUAUAGCAGUGGAAGUGAGUGCAGCAUACAAGGAGAAACUGUGCUUGAUCCUAAAGCCAAUUGAUCGGGUGAUGUUGGAUUAUCGCUUGCCCCAAUUCUAUGAUCCACCUUCAUUUCACGUUAGUCUACUUUGGUGUGUCGGCGAUCAUGAAAGUGUACUCAAGGAAAAGUUGAACGAACUAAGUAGUCUGUUGGAGACAGAGGACACACUUCUGCUUAAUGUUAAUAAACUGCACUGUAAGUGUGGUAAUAAGCAAUUUAUUUAUAAGCUGAAAUAGCAAAUCGGAAUACCAAAUUGCCAGAUAGAAA